AUGACUCAAGUGACUGAUACUCAAAAAUAUGAUAGACAGUUAAGAUUAUGGGGAGAAGUUGCACAAGCAAGACUUGAAAAGAGUAAAGUUUUAUCAAUUGGAAGUGAUUGUGUUGCUAGUGAAUUUAUGAAAGCAAUUGUACUUCCAGGAAUUGGAUUUAUAGGAAUUGCAGACAAACAUAUUGUUGAUGAAAAUGAUUUAGAAACUAAUUUUUUCAUUGACUGUGAAAGUCUUGGACAAAAAAGAGGAGAAUGUGCCCUUAAUAAUUUACUUGAACUAAAUGAUAGAGUUAAAGGAGAAUAUUAUUUUAAAUCAUUACAAGAAAUACUUAAAGAAGAAUCUUUUAUUCAAACAUUUGACAUUAUUGUUUGUAGUAAUCAAUUACAUGAAGAUGUUAUUUCUCUUUCAACAUUAACAAAGAAUCCUGUUAUUGAAGUUUAUACUAAUGGAUUUAUUGGAGUUGUUAAAGUGUAUGUUGGAAGUCAUGUAAUUUUUGAUGAUGGUAAUUCUAAUAUUCCAAUGGAUUUAAGAGUACCAUAUCCAUUCCCUAAAUUACAAGAAUUUUAUAAUUCAAUUGAUAUUCCGACUUUAAAUAAAGAUAAACAUAUGCAUGUUCCUUUUCCUUUAAUUUUGAUUUGGGCAUUAAAUCAAUGGAGAAAAGAAAAAAGUCAAACUGGAGUGCCUAAGUCUAAACAAGAUAAAGAUAUGAUUAAAGAAAUAAUUAGAAAACAGGCAUUUAACUUUUAUGCUGAAGAAAAUUUUCAAGAAGCUCUUCAAUUUGUAUUUUAUUGUUGGCAAGAUACUCCUGGUAAUGUUAAACAAUUAUUAAAUGAUCCAAGAAGUUCUUCUUCUUUAACUGGAUUAAAGAAAGAAGAAAUUGAAUUUUGGGGAUUUAUUGGAGGUGUUAAAACAUUUAAUGAAAAGAAUAAACGUUUACCAGUUGAUUCAGGAAUUAAAGAUAUGAUUGCAAGUAAUGAGUAUUUUGUUCAACUUCAACAUGUGUUUGUUUCACAAUUAGAAGAAGAUGCAAAAGAAGUAUUAGAAUAUAUCAAAGAACGAGUUAAUCGAGAUGGUGUUGAAAAAGAAGUUGAAUUUACACUUGAAAUGGUCAAAAGACAUUGUAAAGCAUUAAGAAAGAUGCAUGUUAUUGAUGGAGUUGAUGGGAAAUAUAACUCAAGUUGGACAGGACAAGAUUAUUUGUUAAAUACACCACAAUCUAGUUUAAUGUAUUUAGCUAUAAUUUAUGCAUCAUUUGAAUUUGAAAAGAUUCACCGAAGAUUACCAUGUGAUAAGCAAGAUGUUGAUGAAUUACUUGAAUUAACAAAACAUGUUCUAAAGGAAAAAGAUGUUGAACAAAACGUAGAACGAAGUUGUGUUGAACAAAUAUGUAGAUUUGGUGGUGUUCAACUUCAUACAGUCAAUUCAGUUAUUGGAUCAUUUGUAGGUCAAGAAGUAAUCAAAUAUGCUUCACAUCAAUUUGGAGCAUUAGACAAUACCUUUAUAUUCAACACUGAAACUGGUAGUUCAAUCAAUGGACGUUUCUAA